AACAUUAAAAAUGCAUGGUGGUGGAGUCCGAGUGUCCGACACAGACAGUCGCAUACAAAACGUGAAUUGGCGAGAAUUGCGAACAUGGUAGACACAUUGUUGGGCCCCACCUUCUGUAACACCUUCCCAAGGUUCCUCACUUCUUCUUCAAUGGCGUUCUUCCCAUCUUCUCACCAUCGCCAUCAUCAACAUCACCGUCGCUGUUACUCAAACCCCGACACUCCUCACCCUCAACCCGCUUUACUCGUCUUUUCCGGCGGAACUGCCUUCAACGGCGUCGUCGAAGAGCUUAAGAACUUCACCACUCGCGUCGCCCAUGUUCUCCCUGUUUCCGACGACGGUGGAAGCACCGCUGAAAUCGUUCGCGUCCUCGGUGGUCCUGCUGUUGGAGACAUACGUUCAAGGUGUCUGAGAUUGUCUGAUCAAAGUACCAAUGAGGCUCUCGCGGUUCGGAAUUUGCUUGGUCAUCGUCUUCCACUUGACCCUCUGCAAGCUAAAUCUGAAUGGUAUUCUAUUGUUGAAGGUGAUCACUCUUUAUGGAAAGGUGUGUCAAAACCUUAUAGAGAGACCAUUCGAGCUUUUCUGGUUUAUUUCCAGAGUCAGAUUCUUAGCCGGGCUGAAGAAUCCUUUUGUUUCAGCAAUGGCAGUUUUGCUUUGGUGAUAAGUGUUGAAGUAGCAAUUGUGAAUGAAAUAGUCCCACAUGUGUUCCGCUGCGCCACUCCAACAAUAAGUUGCAUUGGAAAUUUCUUUUUUGCAGGAGCACGGAUAUUUUUUCAGUCAUUAGAUGCUGCAAUAUUUUUGUUUUCACGGGUUUCAGAUAUUCCCCCUGAAAGUUUGGUUCUCCCGGUGAUUUCAACCAAUGACAGGCUCACAUUAGGAUGUGAAUUAUUGGAUGGAACUAUUAUAAGGGGGCAAAAUGAAAUUUCUCAUCCAACCAGUGGAUCGAUGGAGCUUAUUAAGAAGGAAAGUCUUUCAGCUCCAGCACUUCCUUCAAAAAUAAAACGGGUGUUCUACAUGUCAAGUGAGGGAAAAAAUUUGCUCCAUGAGGUAUUUCCCUCAGCUAAUGUGGCUGUAUUAGAACAAUUAAAUAAUGUGGACUGUAUUGUGUAUGGCAUGGGCUCCCUUUUUACUUCAAUUUGCCCCUCUUUGGUAUUACUUGGAAUUGGGGAGAUUAUUUCUUCAAGGUCCUGCCUUAAGGUACUUAUGUUAAAUGGCACAUGUGACCGGGAGACUAAUGAGUUUUCAGCUUCUUGUUUUGUAACUGCUAUUACGGACGCUCUAAAUCGAACAUAUGGAGACCCUUGCAAUCGCUUACAGAAUCUUCCAAGUCAGUAUAUCAAUACCCUUUUGGUACCAAGAGACAGUGAAAUUUCAGUAGAUGUUGGCUGUUUGGCUUCCCAAGGAAUAUUUGAUGUGAUAGUUGUUGACUCCCUAAGUGAUCCUAAAGUGGGGAUAAUAUAUGACCCGAAGUCACUGAUAAGAACUCUUGCUGACCUAAUAGACAGAUACAUGAAGUCUCAGGUCAAUGGCUUAAUUGAUACCAGAUGAUAAUGAGGGGCUAGUGUAAUUAAUAAUUAUUCCCAAAAUAUUGACAGCUAAAUCCUACUUUGCUGCCUAUUCUUCACAAUGUAUUAAGGUAUGAAAUUUUUAUUCUUUAACCUCAGCAACUUUUUCCAUGACUGGUCCAAUUUUCACGCUGAUGAUAAAUUAGGAGUUCUAGGUCAAUUGGCCUAUUUUGCGACGUGAGAACUUCAAUUUUUUCCCAACCAAGCUCCAGUUUAUUCCCUUCCCUUCCUUCAAAAUACAGAGACUUGAGAUAACACUCAAGUUCUCUGAAUGCCAUAACAUUUUUGUGUACAAUAUGAGUCUGUUGCGAUGAUCUAGAUGACAAUAGGCAAAUUUAUGUAGAAGUGCUAUUGUAUUGUUUAGUUAGAAUAUUGAAAACAGAAUAAUCUCUAGUUAGUGUGGUGUAUAUAUUUCUCAUAUUUAUUUUUUGCCGCACCAUAAUUAUCAUGUA